AUGGCAUCUCCGGCUGCACUCAAAUCGCUCCACACUAUCAAACCGCCGUCGCGACGGAACCGGCGAUACUCAACCAAUCACCGCCGCCGCCGCCGCACCUCCUCCGUCACUCCUCCACCGCCGGUCCACGAUAAUCAUCCCGAACCGUCUAUAAACCCGGUCGGCGCCGCAAAAUCCGAUAAACCGGAAAUCUUAAUUCGAGCCGCCAAAAAUCCUUCUGCCGUCCCCUCCAACGACACCCACCGCGGCGCUGAAAUAAAAGAAACCAAGACGUGGAAUUUACGAUCAAGAACGGGGAAGAAUCAUGUUAAAUCUACACCGUUGAUGAAUUCGAAUCCAACGGCGGAGAAGAAAGAACAGGCACUCCCGAAAAUAUCCAUCUCCCUAACUGAAGAAGAAAUCGAAGAAGACUUCAUUAAAAUCACCAAUAAAAAGCCUCCAAAGAUUAAGCGCAAGAAACGAAGCCAUGAUGUACGGAACUACUUCGAUCGUCUCCUUCCCGGAGGGAAGCUUCACUCUAUAACUCCGAAUUCAUACAAGUUCGUUCUUACAGUAACAUGCAACAGCAAUUCAUCUGUAAUCCUAUUCAAAUCCAAGUAA